AUGGGAAAAUACAAAAUGCCCACAGUACAGCAGUUUCUUGAGAAAAAGAUAAUUUACGACAAAAAAGAACCAGUAUGGGUUUACUUAGAAAGAGAAAUGAGACAAAAUGUCGACAAAAAACCUUACAACGAAAAAGUAGGAGCAUGGUUGAAAUUUUUGAGAGACUUGAAAUAUUUUUUCUACUGUGAAGCAAAACGCAAGUACAAGCGAUUAUGCACCGAGGUUGGGCCACCGUGGUAUUUCGAGUUAUCAAGUUCUCAAAGAGAAGUUCUCCACGACCUGAAGAUCAAUAUACACCAAGAUUUACUUGAAGAUAUACCAAGGAGGAUUCGCAAGUCCUUAUCAGAUUUAGGCGUUACCUUGAAAAUACCUAAAAGUGUCUUGAUGAAAGCGAUGACUAAUUCUAUUGAGGAUCCCGGUGUUUUUAUAUGGAAUUUGUAUACCGAAUAUUAUAAGAAGCCGCCGAGCGAAUUGAGACCGGUUUACGAUAUGAACUCGAUGAUAUUGAUGUCAAGUCUGGUGUUUAUUGAUCUUGAUGAAUGCAUAGAAAGAUUGGAGAAGUUAACUGCCUGUGAAAAAUUACCACCAACUAUUAAGGAAGAAAAACAAAAGAGGAACACGCAGCCGAAGGUGCGCUACGGCGAGUACCUGCAGAAAUGCUACAUACCAUGUUACAGUAACCAUUCAAAGAAAAGCCCUGAUAAAGAUAAGCCACUACCCUUGGGAUACAAAGUGAGACUUCGUAGUGUAGAGAGUUAUGAAAAACUAACCAGAGAUCACAGUUUCCUGGAGAAAAGGAAAGAAAGGAACACGAAGCAAAAACAAGAGGAACGUGUUUGCAAUUACAAAUUUUGGGAGCCGCCUAGUACUUUACGUAACAGAGAUCCAAAGUUGGCAGCGAUGGCUAAUAAACUUAGAGAAAUGAAAAAGAAGGCGAAGCCAAAGUACAAAGCGCCAUAUAAGAACGUUCAGUAUAAUGUUGGUGGAGUCGCGUUUUGUGGGGGAAGGCCUUCUUAUAUCUUAAAUGGUGUGAAUUUACUUCCAACUGGCUAUAUACCAAUAAACGCUGGAAUCGUGACUAUGAAGGGCGAACAAGUUAUCACCAUAAUUGGCUUUUGGAAAUAUCCUCGGCUGUUCGUGGAAAAGUGUGACGAGACAUGUGACUGCUUGGAAAAAUGGGACGACUCGGUCAUGGAGUAUUUGAAAACAUCGAAGUGUAAGUGUGGACAUCUCUACGAUUUUAAAAACCAAGGCAAGACGAAAGAGAAGUUCUUCUACCCCCCUACGAGACAUGGCAAACUGUGGUUUGACCAGGCGAAAAUAUAUCAGCUGGAUCCUAUGGAGGAUUUUAUACGGGACACUGUUAAAGAUGCACUUAUGUCUACCGAUCCGACGCCCGAGCCAUCAAUGCCCACAAUAUCACCUUCAGGUUUAAAGCUACAGGAUCUACUAGAAGCAUUCUUAGCGGAUUUAUCCGACACGCCGCUUUUAAUUCCACAUUUACCAAAAGCAAACCUUCUGAACAAUCUUUUGGAAUGGGUGCGAAAGAGAGUCAAAGGGAAAAUUUCUCCCGAAGAACAUAAGAGAUUAAUCCUGCAGUCGCAACGCAGAUGGCUCGAUUUAAAACACGUUGAUUUUAGAGCCAUCGCUUAUCGAAUACCAUUCACAUUGAAACAACUGGAACAUAUGAAUUGGUCACAUAGACAUCUUGUACAAAAAUUAUUCAAAAUCCUCUUAGACGAUUUCGUGACAAGAAACAGGCUAAAUCAGUUGACGCAAACAAGGCUUUGGUGGACCACCACGAAAUACGACACAUAUCCCAGUAAAGCGUUUCUUGACAUUUUCUUCACAUACAUGCCUGGAAGAAUGAAAGACACAUUUUUGAUAAACCCCUACAGUUCGGAGCUUACGCCUAAGUAUGGUGCAAAAACGUGCCCAUUAGGGAAUUAG